CUCUCCGCUCGCUGCGGGGGGAAGAAGCGUGAACUUGAACGCUACUGCCUGCUUUCCACCCGCUCAGCGCCAGUCCAGGCGGAGGCCAGCCAGCUUAGUCUCGUCUUAUCAGUUCGUCCCCGCCGGUGGACUGUCGGUCAGCUUAUCGGAGCCGGAGCAGCUGGACGGACGGACGGGCGGGGAGGGGGGUUCUGCUUUUCAGGGGGUUUGGGACCCAGAAAGGUGCCCGGCAAGGCGACGCGAUGUCCAGGCGCAAACUUGGGAGCCGACCGCAGCACCUGAGUGCGAUUCAAGAUGUCUGUGAUAUGGAGGAAGCUGCCGACCCGCCAGGCGACCACCACCUUCCUCCUCCUCCUCUUCCACAGGUCCGAGCCCCAGAGGAUGACCUCCUGACCUGUGGGCAGUGCAGCCAGGCCUUCCCCCUGGCCCACAUCCUGGCCUUCAUCCAGCACAAGCAGGGCGGCUGCGUCUCACGGAGCCCAGGCUCCGGGGCCACUCCCCCGUCACCCGCCGGUCAAGCCGGGCGCCAGCGGGUCGCCGGCGUCGAGCCGCAGCCCGGCUUCAUCGAGCUCCGGAGAGGGGCUUCCAGGGGCCGGUCCUGGGGGGACGAGUCCGGCCUGAGCGUGAAGGCGGACCUCAGCAAACCAGGAUGUGAAGAGCCCGCCUUUUUCACUUGCUUUCAGUGUGACGGCGUGUUUUACUCAGCGUGGGCGCUCCUCCAACACGCCCAGCACACGCACUCCUUCAGCAUCUACCAGGAGGAUGAGGACGAUGACGCCUACAUGGGAGGAAGAGAGGGUCUGAAAGAGAACAAGCCCGCAGCAGCCGUUCUGGACCCGCGCCACCUGAGCCAGGCUCUCGCCUCCGCCUUCCAGCCCACCGCCCAGCGGCGCUCGCGUCAGAACCAAGCCGCCUCGGUUAGCCUCCAGGCCAUGAACUUCUCCGUGCGACUCCGGGAACUCGCUGAGGGGAACAACACAAGCCUCACCUCCCCCAUGGCGCCCGUGUUGUCUCCGUCCUCGUCUCCGCCGGUAGCGUCGACGUUUCCUCAGUCUGGCGCCCUGCAGGCCGAUUUUCACUGUGAGCUGUGCAACCAGAACUUCCACUCGCUGCGCGCCCUGUCUGCCCACCGCCGGACUCACGCCUGCGACAGGCCCUAUCACUGUGGGGUGUGUGGGCAGGCCUUCGCUCAGAGCGGGCAGCUCGCUCGCCACAUCAGGGGCCACCACCGGGAGGCUGCGGGCGGAGGAAGUGGGUGCGAGUCGGUGGAGGCGGUUCUGAUGGAGGAGGAUAUUGGGAGGCAGGGGGCCCAGGGAAGGCUUCAGGGGCCAGGGAUGAUGGGAAAAGAGCUGGAUCUGACCCUCCCCAAGCACCCGACCGUAGCGUCAGGCCUAAUGCUGUUGAACUCCCAUCUCAGACCACCGGACAGGGAGCUACUGAGGCUGUACCCAAACCACAGAGCCGGAGGCGAGGAGGCGGCGGAGGGGCAGGGGGAGCCGCAGCCCGCAUCGCCCUGCGCCAGCCCCUCCGAAGGCUCCCUAGAGAGCGGAGAGACGGGAGGAAGCGGGGAGAGCGGCAUCGCCAGUGGCAACUGCACGCCCAAACGCCCGGAAAUGGGCGAGAGAGCGCGGGGGGUUGGAGAGUGGGAGAACGAACAAGGAGAACUCGUCGAGAGGGAGAAGGAGUGGGCCUCCGGCAUGCAAGAGUGGCAGAGAGACUUUGAGCGGCGAAGCGCUGCAGGAGCCGCCAUCGCCGGGGCGAACGCCAGCUCCACUCCAGGUCCCACUGGGAAGAAGAAGAAAGACGAGGCCUGCGAGUACUGUGGUAAGCAGUUCAGAAAUAGCAGCAACCUGACAGUGCACCGCCGAAGCCACACGGGUGAGCGGCCGUACCGCUGCGGCCUCUGCAACUACGCCUGCGCCCAGAGCUCCAAGCUGACUCGCCACAUGAAGACCCAUGGUGCCCAGGGGGCCAAGGCCUCCUUCCUAUGCCAGCUGUGCGCCGUGCCCUUCACCGUGUACGCCACCCUGGAGAAACACCUGAAGAAAGUCCACGGCUUGAGCCACGCCAACGUUGGGGCGUACGCGCAGGCCAGCGCCGCGGAUACCUUGGCCGCUUUGAGAGCGGGAGAGGAAGCGGGAGUCGGGGUGGUGAAGAUGGAGGAGGAUGAGGCGGGUCUGGAGAGCAAGGCACAGGGUUACGCAGACAGAGACAUGGAGGUGGAAGAAGGUAGAGGGAGUCCAGCAGCAGUGGAGGAUCUCCCGCAUGAAAGCAUUGCUGAGGCGGGCCUAGCUGUGGGUCCUGCUCACUGAAUCAAGUUAAAGUCGCGAAGACGCCGCAUGACUGUCAGCAGCAGGUCGCAACAACUGCCAAGGCCCGCAGUUGUUCAUAAUCGACUGCAAAGCUGCUGGCUGAAACUAAGUGCCUACAGUUCUUCAGACCACAGAGAAAAACAAGUCCGUGACAUUCAGCGGGGAGAUUACCAUACCUCGUGAACAGGAAGUGCACUGCCGCAGUCCACACCAACACAGGAAACUGAUCACCAUGCUGCAGCACAAAAAUGCAAGAGCGUUUCAUGUCUGUAGCGACCCACUGGACAAAUGGAGACGCAUCAACCCAAUCAGAAGAGAUUAUACUGUGUAAAAAAAAUUUAAAAGCAAUAUAAUGCUAUUGAGCAUUGAUGAGUGUAGAGAGGUCAGACCCCGCUGUUCUCUGUGGAGAAGACCUUUUAAAGACUUUGGAGCCGCCGCAGGGCUGAAAUGAAUCCAAACACUGUCUGCCUGUAGUCUGUCACACACCUUUUAAAGGCGCUUGCUUGUCACAACACUUGUCACUUAAUGUUUACAAGUCCCAUGGGGCCGAGCGAGGCUGUGCUCCUGACUUUGUGAAUAGAUGCUGCAGUGGAUGUAAAAAAAAGGAAAAAAAGUUUACACACCCUUGUCGAAACGCCAAGUUUCUGUGACCUAGAAAUGAUGAGACCGUGACGAAUCAUUUCAAAACACAAAUGGAUCCGAGUGUUUCAGCUGAGAACGUGUUGCAGGGAGAACUGCAAAAACUAAAAACAGGCCCAAUAGCCUGUUUACAUAAGUUUGUACACCCCUAAUUAAAAGUUUGAAGCACUUUUUGAUUCAGUUUCAACAUUCAGCCGGAAUUAUUUGACAUCUCAUUUCCACAGCUCUGAACGCUCCCCAGAACUUUGACUAAGCCGUUACUCGAGGUUUCUGUUCUUCUGGUGGAAUUGUUUUAGUGGACUCUUGACUCGUGAAUGAUAAAACCCAUCUUCACCUUUGUAGCAAACACCUGAAAAAAAGUGACAGGUAUCCAUAGAAGAUGAGUAACCCCAGAGCAUGAUGGUGCCACCACUAUGUCUCUCCAUGGUGAUGCUGUUGUUUUGGUGCCAAAUCUACAGUUUGGAUUCAGGACCCAAAUGUUUCAUUAUGGUCCCAUCACACUUUCUCACACGCAGAUUUGGGUCAGAGCUGGAUGUUUGUAGAGAAAAAAGGUGUUUCGUCCAGACAUGAAGAGAAAACAUGAGGCUAUUGUCCCAGUCAGUUCAGAGGUUUCUGGUGUUGCUGGAAGCAUCUGGACCAGAUUCAGAGAAGGCCACCUCCUCUAUCAGACUCCACUAACUUAUUUCCAGUCAAAAAUAAUUACCGUAAACAUAACUUUUUUCACCAAUCGUCGUGAAUAGUUUUGGAUGGAUUCCAGCUUGUUUUUGUGCCCUUCUCCUGACUGAUGCAUUUGUACAAUCAGAUCCUUCGUAACAAUACCUGCAAACCGCGACUUCAGCUGAAGGGUGUCAUAAAACUCCUGCUUGACCAGCUGAGCUUCAUUUACUUUAUUUUGUGACUGAAUUAAAAGGUGCUUCACGCUAAUGCAUCCAGUUUAUCAUACAUCUUCACUUUAUCUCAGUUGUAUAUUUUCUGGAAAGAAAAUAAUGAUCAUUUUGAGUCUUAAAAACUUGGUAUUUCACCAGGAUGUGUGGACGACUUUUGUUUUUAAAAAUCUCCACUGCACAUGGAACCUUUUUUGUCUUUGCUUUUCUAAUUUUUUAUAAAUGUGAAUACAGAGACUUUAAAGUCUCAUCUGCUGAUGUUUUGUAAGAUUAGUUUCUAUGCAUAAAAAAAAAAAAAAGCCAGCAAUUUUUACAUACAUAUGAAACGGGUGUGCAUCAUUUCCCCCUCUGUACUGUUGUGAUGGUAAUUUCUCUCUUUUAUUGUUUACAUUGGUGAAAGUGCCGGGCGGCCGCGUGGAACUCGUGCAUGUUUCGUAGCCGUUUGCGUAAUUUCUGUUGUCCGUCUUUGAAUUCUUCCUAAUUUAUGGCUGCUGCAUGUUGGCGGGUCGCUUGUUGUUUCGCCGCCGGGGAACGUGAGCCCGCCAAGCGAGCUCUUAGGGGCGCGAGGGUGUGGAAAUUAGCAUCAAUGGUCAUAAUCAACAUGUUGAGCUUGUGUUUAUUAAUUGUGACCACUUUUAAAUCCAAGUUGAUCUAAAAAAAAUAAUAAAAUAUUUAAAAAUCUGCUUAUUUUUACAGCAAAACCUCAAUGAAUUUGUCGACUUUUUUCCGUCAAUCUCUUGACUUCUGAAUACAUUCAGGUCAUUAAAAAUGUUUGUGCAUUUUGUUUGAAUGAUCGCAGUGUAACUGUUCAGGGAUGAUGAUGUUGUAUAUAUUUUCUUGCUGUUCUUGUUGUGGAUACCCGCCUGCUCCUGUUACAUGUUACUCACUUUCCCCCAGCAUGGCUGACUCCUUUAUUUUUAUGCCCAAAAGUGACUGUCUGUGUCAAAGGAUGUAAUUUUGUUAUUACCUUCACGAGAAAACCUCAAUAAAGAAUUGAGGUUAAAUAUA